CGUUCCUGUGCUCCUUCAAAGAUCCUCGUAAAAGCUGCCGGGUGAGCCUUCCUCGCCUCCCUUCGCACAGAUGUUUCGAGCCCCAAGGACAGCUGAAGAUGAAGGACCGGUUAGAGGAGCUGAAGAACCGAGUGAACGAAGAUGGGGAUUCUUGGGAUCUAGAUGACCCGCUUUCCUUCGACAACCCCGUUUUCAAAGAGGAUGAGGGCAACCCCAUGAGCAAGGUGUUCCAGGAAAUCGCCAGCCUCUCCGCGGCUCUGGAUAAGCUGGAGGAGUUAGCGGAGAACAUCGACAAGAAGCAGCAGCGGGUCCUUUGCUGUACUACGGAGGAAAGCAUCUGCGAAGAGAAGCGAGAGCUGAGCAACAUUAAAGACAGCUUCACCAGGGAGGCCAAAGGUCUCCAGCCCAAACUCAGCGCCAUCCAGGAGGUGCUCACGAGGGACAGUGAGCGGUGGUUGGCCGUCAGCCGCAUCCGUCACUGCCAGCUCUCCGUCCUCGUCAACCGCUACCAUGAGAUCAUCACCCGCCAUUACGCCAAGGAGACCCAGUAUGUGGAGAAGCUGAAGGAGCAGAUCCGGAGGCAGACGGAGCUGGCAGGCUUGACGCUCCGGGAAGAGGACAUCAGGCGGCUGGUGGAGAGCCCUGCCGGGCCGCGCAUUGUGGGCCAGGACCUGGAAGUCCUCAAAGCGAAGCAACACCUAGCCAUGGCCCAGGUACGCCACCAGCAGUUGCUCGACUUGGAAGCUCAGAUCGGUGAGCUGAACUCCCUCUUCCUGCACUUAGAGGUCCUGGUGGCAGAACAGCAGGAGACCCUCGACAGCAUCGAGUACAAUGUCCUGCACACCCUCGAUUACAUCUCCCAGUCCAACGAGGAGGUCAAGAAAGCCCUCAAAUAUGAGCGGCAGUCUCGCUUUUCUGCUGCGUUGUCCGCAGUGCUGGGCCUCUGCGCCUGUUGCACCUGCAUCUCGUGUUUGGCAACUCCCAGUGUGGUGCGUUGAGCAAAAAUCAGGGAAGCAUGUGUUUACUUGAAGGGGAAAGGGCUACCACUGGUGACUCAUAGCACCCUGGAGCAUUUGAGAUGCAUCCCGAUGCCAAUUGGUCCUCACUCCGUGUUUGGGAUGGACAGAUGCAUUUGGAAAUGCAGUUCAAUGCAUACUUGAAGAAAAGGCCUGCUGGUUCGGACCAAGAGUCAGUGGUCUAGCCGAAUAUCCUUUUCCAGCAGCACACCUGUUGCAUAAAGUGCAGCUGCACCAUGGGAAGCCCACAGGAAGGCCAUGAAGGUGAUGGCCCUUCCUGAGUUGUGGUUCUCAACAGCUAAUAUUCAUCGGCAUACUGCAUUGGUACACCUAGAGGUUGGAUUUUGCUAUUUGUGACAAAAGUGGACAGACCCGUCCUCUGUGCAUUUGAUUUACUAUCCUUCAGUUUUCUGCCAUUAUUCUUAAUGUUGACGUGACGACAAUGAAAAGGUCUUUGUUUAUUUCAGCCUUGAGACCACCCAGUCAGAAGGGUUCAAAUAAGAAAGCCAGUUGAGGCCAAACCAGCCCGGAGGCCUCUGAAGAAGGACACUUGACUCAUAAUCCCAGAUGUAUGUCAGGAGGUCACAAUUACUCAGCCCUGAAAUAAAGGUUCUUCUGCACAUGCUUUAAAGUGCGCUUUUCUCUUUGAUGGCUUUCCAUGUGCAAAAAUGGAGAUCUUGCUUGAAAACACUGGGCUGGCCCUGUCAUGCAGCAGGGGAAAGCAACCUCCUUCAGGCUUCACCAUGAUGGUGGUGGCAGAAUAGAUGAAAGCAGGGAUUCAUAUCUAAAUGAUGCAGCGAUCCUUUUUAAAGUAGGUGUGGACGCAGGAGAAAGAAAAAGAAAGAAAGAAAAGAAUGGAUGUUGUACUUGACGGAAUAUUGAUAUUUC